CUCACUUAAUACUUUUGAAUCAAAUAAAUUAUAUGUUAGAAAUAGUUCAUCUUUGAUCUUUGACUUCCUCGUAGAAUUACAAAUCCACUCGAAAUUUCAAAACCUUUCUGCCGCUGCAUUUGGGAUCCUCGUCUCUCGAUCGAUCUAUCAAUCAUGAUCCGAUUUAUACUGCUUCAGAACAGGCAGGGCAAAACUCGACUGGCCAAGUACUACGUUCCUCUCGAGGAGUCCGAGAAGCACAAGGUCGAGUACGAGGUUCAUCGGCUGGUCGUCAAUAGGGAUCCCAAAUUCACCAACUUUGUGGAGUUCAGGACUCACAAAGUUAUCUACAGAAGAUAUGCUGGGCUAUUUUUCUCCUUGUGUGUGGAUAUAACAGACAAUGAGUUGGCUUAUUUGGAGAGCAUUCAUUUGUUUGUGGAGAUACUGGAUCACUUCUUCAGCAACGUAUGUGAGCUAGAUUUAGUCUUUAAUUUCCACAAGGUAUACCUUAUACUGGAUGAGUUCAUACUUGCUGGGGAACUUCAAGAAACGAGCAAGAAGGCCAUCAUAGAGAGAAUGGGGGAACUGGAAAAGCAGGAAUAAAGAUUCUUUGGUGUUGGAAGUCAAUCAAUCAAGCCAUUUCUGUUGUUAACUCUCCAAAAUCAAGAUAUUCAUUCAUUAUUCGCUUUCCCACACAGGAUGGAAAGUCUUGUUGUAAAGAAUGCUGCAUUGCCAAGGUGUUCUUUGAUUGAUGAGUUAAAUGGUUGCAAUCUAUGGAUAUUUCAGUAAAUUUUGCAUUAUAUAGGGUUUUACAUUGCAAAAUAGGGAGAUUUAUUCAUCAUCUUAUCGUGUUAUGUUGUCAUGUUUCCAAACAUGUAACAAAAGGCAAAAAUGUUUUGAUUCUCAAAAGUUAUCCAAACAUUUGCCAAACAAAACAGUUAAACACCACAAGAUGAUUUUCAUUUAGAAC